UAGACAUCAUUCAAGUCUUUUCAUCACGAAUUUUAUUUCUCAUUUAAAAGUACAGAAAAAGUGGAUAAAAAGAAUAACAAGAAGACUUAUUUCAUUAUGGCGUUCCAUUUUGUUCAUGAUUUCUCAUGAUUUGCUGGCAUUAUCUCAAAUGUUAAGCUCCGCCCACAAAAAGCUCAACACAAAAAUACCAAAUAGAAAAAUUUUCUGCUCACAUUACACUCAAUUGAAUUGUAAACGUCGUGAAGUCAAGACGACAUGCUCGUGAGUUAAAGUUUCCAAAUAAAAAAAAAAUAAAUAUCAAAAAAAUAUUAAAAUAUCCAUUGAGGAAGAGACAAAGUCAUAGAAAGAAAAACUAUUGAUUUAAAAAUUAUUUAUUGGAUUUUUAUUUGCUAUUGUAAUAUUUUUAUUAAUUUUACUAUAUUUGAAUGAGUGAGAAAGAAAAGGAAUUUUAUGGUCCACUUGACGCAAAUAAUUAUCAUCAUUAAGUGAUUAAUCAAUUAGUGUAAUAAGAACAGAAGUGAAUUCGAAAACUAUUUAAUUUGUCUAUAAAUUGACAUGAGAUUAAUGCAGUGAUUUAUGUGCUUUAAGAGAAUAUUAAGAAUUAUUAGUAGCUACAAUUAUGGUGUCUUAUUAUAAUCAUCCAUUCGCGAUGUAUCAAAAGAAUCACAGCAGUGGUUCCAAUUUGCCAUAUUCUGCAUCACCGUCCGCUGCAUGGUAUUCAUCAAAUUAUCAUCAUCAGCCUCCAAAUGCAGCACAAUUUCUCGAUCCAGAUGGACCACCUCAACACAUGUAUCAUCAUUAUGCACCUCACAUGUUGCCUCAACCGUCGCCAGAUUGGGGACAUGACAACUACACAUCAUCGCCACAAAAUGGAUCUCUUGGAACGGGUAGUAGUGGAUUAGGAAAUAGUCCUGGUGCUGCAGCCUUUCUUUCAUUAAAUCAAGCAGCAUCAGCACAGAAUGAAUCAAAUAAUCAUCAUCAUAUGAAUGAUGCAAUUCCAAGUUUACCAUCACCACCUGUGACUGUACAUUCAGGAAGUGAUAUGAGCUCACCUGGAGCUCCAUCUUCAUCACCACAAAUUUCUUCACGACCAACUCCUGUCAAAAGUCCAUAUGAGUGGAUGAAGAAACCAUCAUAUCAGAGUCAGCCAAAUCCAGGAAAAACUCGAACAAAAGACAAGUAUCGCGUAGUUUAUACUGAUCAUCAAAGAUUGGAGUUGGAGAAGGAGUAUCAUUAUACAAGAUACAUUACUAUUCGUAGAAAGACAGAGUUAUCACAAAUUUUAUCAUUAUCAGAAAGACAAGUGAAGAUUUGGUUUCAAAAUAGACGUGCAAAGGACCGAAAACAAAAGAAGAAGGUUGAUACAGGUAUGCCAAUGUCAGCAUGCCAAUCUUCCGCAAAUAUAUCAUCUCUACUCGAUGUUAAACCUAAACUAGAUCCAGCGCUACACUUUCAACAUCUUCAGAUGAAUUCUUUAGGCCUUAGAUUACGAUAAAUGAAUUUGCUUUAAUUAGAUAAGGAAAAGAAUUGUUCACGAAAGCCUUUUAACUGUUUUAUUGUAACUUUAAAUUAUUAUUUUAAGUCUAGAAAGUUAACAAGCAUUAUUAAUUCACAUAAAAGUAUUAUGGAACUUGACUUUACUUUAUCAUAACAAUUUAGCCAUUAAAUGCACAAACAAUGAAAUAAAUGAAAAUGUACA